UACAAGCCCAAUAGGGUGCCUGAGGCGACGGGUCUGGCGGUUGCUCUCGUCUCAGCUUCGCGUGAUGUUUCCAUGCUCUUUUCUCUAUGCUAUUAACCGAUUAAUCGAUCAAUAUUUUUCUGAUUCUGAUUGUGAUUCAAUUUGGCUCAUUUAUCGGAGCGAGAAACCAUGGCUUUGGGAACGGUGACUCGACGGUUGGGGAAUAAACUCUUCACCGUGUUAUCUCCCACUCCCAGGCUACUACAUUCUCACGCCACCAGUUUCGGGUUCAAACAAGUAAACGAAGAUGAGAAGGCUCGCAUGGUUGGUGAUGUCUUCACGAGUGUUGCUUCAAGCUACGAUCUCAUGAAUGACCUAAUGAGUGUUGGAUUGCAUAGAUUGUGGAAGGAUAGGUUAGUUUCGAAGCUGAAUCCAUUUCCUGGAAUGAAGCAUCUUGAUGUUGCUGGUGGCACAGGGGAUGUUGCUUUUAGAAUCUUGGAGAGCAUACACAAAGUUAAGCUGAGAGGACUUCGAGGUGCUUUUCAAGAUACUUUAGAGGCAGAAACUCAGAUAUAUGUAUGUGACAUUAACCCUAAGAUGUUAAAUGUUGGCAAACGGCGGGCCUCAGAGAAGGGUUUUGGAGAAGAUGGUUCCCUUGUAUGGGUGGAGGGAAAUGCUGAAAGCUUGAGUUUCCAAAAUGAUUCAAUGGAUGGUUAUACUAUUGCAUUCGGGAUAAGAAAUGUUACACACAUAGAGAAAGUACUCAGUGAAGCUCAUAGGGUAUUGAAACCGGGAGGCAGGUUCCUUUGCCUUGAACUGAGUCAUGUUGGCAUUCCUGUAUUUAAAGAUUUGUAUGACUAUUAUUCUUUCUCAGUUAUUCCAUACAUGGGUGAGCUGGUUGCUAGUGACCGGGAAUCCUAUCAGUACUUAGUUGAGAGUAUCCGCCGUUUCCCCUCACAGGAAAAAUUUGCAUCGAUGAUUGCGGAUGCAGGGUUUCAGAAAGUAGAGUAUGAGAAUCUAGUUGCGGGAGUGGUUGCUAUCCAUUCAGGGUUAAAAAUCUGAUAUUUUUGAACUUUCCUCUCAAUUAUUAUGUCUCUAAUAAUUCAUGCAUCUUUCUCCACCGUCUACAAGCGUGGAGACUGAAGGUCAAAUGUAAUGUUAUUAGAAUUCGUAGAGAAGAUUUGAGUUGUCAGAAUGUGUACUGUAAUUUCGAUAGUAUGGCGUUUGCAAUUUUUUUUACAGGGACUCAAGUUUUCUUGAAACAUGUAUAUACGCCUAUCAAACGAAGAGUAAAUAGUUUUGAUUUUUUUACCAAAAAAA